AUGGAUCCUAGGCGGCGAAACAACAAUCCUAAUAAUAAUUAUCGACCAUCCCCUUCCAACUCCCUUCCCCCAUCUACCAAUCAAUACAAUGCUCCUCCUACAGGUCAAUAUGGCUCAGUUCAGCCACCAGUAAACUAUGGAGUACCUCCUCCUCAACAGCAGCAGCAAACUUUUCCUCCUUUCCCACCUCAGACGGGUGCUGUUUCAGGAAGUUCGACCCCGCCUUUUCCUCCAGCAGCUUCAGCUGCAGACCCAAGGCUGAGACCGCAAGAUCCGAGGAAUCGAUAUAGACCUGGUCAGACGUCCACCGCGACAGCUACGCCCACACCUCCUCCCCCUUCAUAUGCUACGCCGCCUCCUGUACAGGCGAUCACUACCUUACCUAUACCGCAACCAGAUGUAAAGCCCAAUGGAAUGGCUCUAGCCUCUUCGGAUGGGGUCAUACAAAAUGGGGGAGGAGAGACGCAUAAGGGUAAAAGACGACCUCUGUUCUGUGUAGUCUGCGCUAGUAAUAAUAAUCGAUCAAUGGAAGCUCAUAUGGUUCUGAAUAAAAACGCUUUCCGAGUCAUAUCAGCCGGAACAGGUUCAGCGGUCCGUCUCCCAGGUCCAGCAAUAGAUAAACCCAACGUAUAUCGAUUUGGUACACCAUACGAUGAUAUUUAUCGAGAUUUAGAAUCUAAAGAUCCCAUACUCUACACACGAAAUGGCUUAUUACCAAUGUUAGAUAGGAAUAGGAAAGUCAAAAAGGCACCUGAGAAAUGGCAAGAGUUAAGAACGGUCAAUGCGGAUGUCGUUAUUACUUGUGAAGAAAGAUGUUAUGAUGCUGUCUGUGAUGAUCUACUCACGAGAGGAGGUGAAUAUAACCGACCAAUACAUAUUAUAAAUUUCGAAAUUAAAGAUAAUCCAGAAGAAGCUUUGAUAGCUGGUCAAUCAAUAUUGGAAUUGGCCAAAGCGAUCGAAGCAGCCUCGGACCUAGACUCAGAGAUCGACACCAUCCUCCUCGCUCACGCAGAUAAACAUCCACACGUUCUCUUACAUACCGUAGCAUUUUAUUGA